UGGGUAAAACAGAGUGACCCACGCAGAUCCUAGUCCUUCAUCUACCAUCUGACGUUGACUAACCUCACGACCGCCGCUGGAUACGGGCACCCCGCCAUCUUGGAUUAUUCCUUCAAAGACUUUAUCUUUUACUGGACUCUACCAUGAUAUGAUCAUCAUGUGACCAGUGCAGAAGCGGAUGGUGAACUACAUAAGGAGGAACUUCUGUGCCUGAAGGAGAGGUGAGUGGUGUCCUCCAAGAAAUACUGGGAGUUGUACUUCUGUAUCCCUCUCUAUGUAAUGUUCACUGGUGCCCUACAAUAACAGUCUGGACUUGCUGGGAAUUGUAUUUCCCUCCUCUUAUAAUGUCCACUGAUGCUAUAUAAUAACAGUCUGAUAAUGCUGAGGGUUGUAGUUCUCUCCUCUUAUACCUUCUCCGUGUAAUGCCAACUUGUGUUCCAUAAUAGCUGCCUGGAUCCAUGAAGUGAACUUUAUUCCUUGUAUAGUGCUAUCUGCAGACCUGAUCCUCCCCUCACGCAUCAAGUUACUAAGGUUCAGACCAUACCCCCUUAGUCACGUUUUCCAAUCAGAAGGGUCACACGCUGAUCUUUAUCUAAGACACACACUCACACACAUUGUUAGACUCUUUCUAAGACUGUGUGUUCAGACAGUUUUCUGAGGAACUACUUUGUGCUUAGCAAACUUGAGCUUUUUUUGCCUUUUGCUUCAUUUGAGGAAUUGGUGUUUGAUAUUCUUACAUUUGUCUUUUGGCUACUACUUCUGUGAGGUUUAUAGUUUUUUUGUUCCAAACAUUUAAUCUUUCUGAUAUUGAAUUCGAGUGACAAGCAUGGAGUCUGAAUCCAAAAUCCACAGCAGAACUCCCAUGACCUGCCCUGUCUGCUAUAGACCAGAGAAGAUCCUCUCUACACAUCUAAAAAGAAAAUGUAUGAGGCUUAACACCGAAAAAGAGAGGAAAGCUUGCUUGGAAUCGGCCAAGAAGAGGCUGAUGACCAUAGCAUCAAAGGGCACUGCCAUUGAUUAUGAGAAGAUCGUUUCUCUGGGAUCUUUGUUGGAAGAUGCUGUUCCCUUUCUAGAAGACAGAGGCUUUUUAAUAAUCAAUAAGCCAACUACAACCAGGAAUGUCAGACACAAGAGAACAUCUACCUCUGUUUCUGCUGCCACCUCCACAUUGCCACAGCAUGUGGCGGCCUUUCAAGCAGAUCCAUUUAAAGGGAAAGAUGUUGAGGACACAACAGGAAAAUUCAAUCCUCAACAAGAUAUGGAGGUCGCACAGGUCCAUGUUAAGCCUGAAAAAGAAAUGGAGGAUGUUCCAGUUCUAGUGAAGAUGGAGAACCAAGAUGAGGAAGAAAACAGUCCAAGAGAAGACCAUGGGGAAGGACAAAACAGAAGAGCAGAUGAGAACAGUGAAGAAAGUGUUGAGAACCCGUAUAGCAAGGCACUGAGCCACAGCAGAACUCCCAUGACCUGCCCUGUCUGCUAUAGACCAGAGAAGAUCCUCUCGACACAUCUAAAAAGAAAGUGUAUGAGGCUUAACACUAAAGAGGAGAGGAAAGCUCACUUGGAAUUUGCCAAGAAGAGGCUGGUGACCAUAGCAUCAAAGGGCACUGCCAUUGAUUAUGAAGAGAUCGUUUCUCUGGGAUCUUUGGAAGAUGUUGUUCCCUUUCUAGAAGACAGAGGCUUUUUAAUAAUCAAUAAGCCAACUACAACCAGGAAUGUCAGACACAAGAGAACAUCUAGCUCUGUUUCUGCUGCCACCUCCACAUUGCCACAGCCUGUGGCGGCCUCUCAAGCAGGUCCAUUUAAAGAGAAAGAUGUUGAGGACACAACAGGAACAUUCAAGCCUCAACAAGAUCUGGAGGUCGCACAGGUCCAUGUGGAGCCUGAAGGAGAAAUGGAGGAUGUGCCAGCUCUAGUGAAUAUGGAGAACAAAGAGGAAGAAAACAGUCCAGGACAAGGCCAUAUUGAAGGACAAAACAGAAGAGAAGAUGAAAGAGGGAGCAGUGAAGAAAGUGUUGAGAACCCAGCUAGCCAGACACAAAGCCAUAACAGAACUCCGAUGACAUGCCCUGUCUGCUACAGAACACACAAGAUUCUCUCUACACAUCUGAAAAGAAAGUGUAUGAGGCUUAACUCUGAGGGGGCCAGGAAAGCUGCAUUAGAAUCGUCCAAGAAGACCCUGGUCAACAUAGCAUCGAAGGGCACUGCCAUUUCUUUUGAUGAGAUCAUGUCUCUGGGAUCUCUGGAAAAUGUUGUACCUUUUCUAGAGGACAGAGGCUUUAUAAUAACAGACAAGCCAACUUCAAACAGGAAUGUCUGACACGAGAGAACAUCUACCUGUCACGGCUGAGGAUGGGGAAAACCCUCAGCCGUGCGAUGCCAGAAGAUGUUAGUGGCUGCUCGGCCAGGACGACAGAAUUAGGGAGCAGGUUACCUCCUAUCGCAUCCCU